ACACAUCAUGUUAUUAUAAGUAUACAUUGAUAAACGCCAGUGGAGGGCCGGAAUUUUCUGUUUUCCAUAUAUGUCUAGAUUGGGAGUGUUUUAUCUCUGCCAUCCAUCAGCCUAUGUUAACUCAGUUGCUCAGUCCGUGGUUGUAGUGAUGUGCAACAGAUCAAUGAUGAGAAUUGUGUCUCUGUUGAGUCUCUUCUGGUCUCUGGUGGAGGUCCACUCUCAGACCUUUCCUUAUGUCUCCUUCAUGGGCCAAACUCUGGCCAACCAUUCCUAUGUGAACCUCGGUGAAGUGGGGAGACCUGAUCUUCCUGGUGGUGGUGAAGGUGUUCAGUGUAUCACUGACCUGACCACAUGUUGUACAAGUAUUGAUGGUCCUCAUCGUGGAGACUGGUAUUUCCCUGAUGGAACUAGACUGCUUUUCCCUGCACCUAAUGUUGAUAUCCAUGAGUUUCGUGUAACUCAGAGUGUAGAGCUACGCCGUAACACUAAUGCUAACUCACCAGUUGGUAUCUUUCGCUGUGAUAUUCCAACUAAUGCUGUCCAUGAUGUUACUGACAUCUCAGUGAGAGAUGCACCAGUCUAUGUGGGACUGUAUACUGCCACUGGAGGAGACAUCUCAAUAUCUGAAGGAGUGGCAUUUGACCCUAGCCAGCUGACCCUCACCUGUGUCUCCACUGGUGGACCUGCUACCACUGUCACUUGGACCAGAGGCAAUGUCAAUAUCACUGGAAAGCAAAACGAGACUGUGUUGAAUAACCCAGUGACUGCACAGUACACCCACACUCUGACUGUGACUACUGCAGGACAGUACACUUGUACCGUGGCUAAUAACAAGCCCUCUUCUGAUUCAGCUAGCACCUUUGUAUCAGGUAUAUAUAGAGUCAGUAAUAAUGUCCGCAAAUCACUGUUUUGGCCAGUGUGCAUGGCAGGCUGAAUACUACAUGAAAUGCAACACAUCUUUGGCAAGCGAAGCUAUUAUUUUGCGGUUGUUACGGUAUGUGCCCCUGCAUUCAGACAGGCUAGCUUUGCUCACCAAUUAUGUGGAAUGAGGACAGAGAUGCACGUUUAACUCUCAGUGUUGACAGAGCUACGGGUAUAUACUCUCCUAGUGCUUGUGAACCAAUUAAAGUUUGGCAAUAAAGUAAUCCGCUCAAUAUUAAUAGUUGCAAAGUGUCAAGGUGGGCAGGUCAACAGCAUGAUUUCCUCAAUACUACAAAUUGAAAGUUCCCAUGGUUCCUUUUCAGGUCCCUAUACACUUCCCGAUGGUAUGGUAUCAUUCAGUGGUUCGCUUUCAGGUCCCCGGCCUCCCACUGAUGUGACAGCAGUCCAGGAUAGUCCCACUAGUAUCACAGUGACCUGGACUCCUCCCAUCCCACUGGAUGUACCACUGGCUACAGGAUCUCCUUCACUGGAGGCAGUGAUGUGGAUAUUGAUGGUGGCUCUACCAACAGCUACACUCUGACUGGUCUCACCAAUGGACAGACUACACCAUAUCCAUUGUAGCCACAUCUGAACACCUCUUCAGUGAUGCCACCACAUUUGAAAUCACACUAAUCCCAGCUCCAGGACAGGUGUUUGUGUCAGUGAGCUCCAUAACAGCCACCUCCAUCUCCCUCUCCUGGAGUGUGUCCAGUGGGAGGGUGGCCAGUUGGGAGGUGGUCUGGAGACCCACUGACAGAGGCACUGAGAGCACCAGUGGUCCUCUGUCUGGCACUACCUACACCAUCCACCAGUUGGACCCCUCCACUAUCUUCCCCUCACUCAGAUGGACUGACUGCAUCGGCCACACCUUCAUCGGCUAUCUCCCUUGUCAUCUCAUGGACACUGGAGGACAGUUUGACUGCUACUUCCUACACCGUCUCCUACUCCAACACCAACACUGACUGUUUCACUCACUCCAGAAGUGAUAUCUCUGCUAGUGGGACAUCAUACACCCUGGAUGGUCUAGAGGAGGGAACUGAGUAUUCUAUCACUGUCACUGCCACUCUGACUGGGAAUGUAGGGGCUCGAGAAGGCAGCACCAUGGCUACCACACUGACCGCUGCUCCAUCUGCCCCUCCUUCUUCCGUGAGAGUCUUAGUGAAUAGUUCCACUAGUAUCACAGUCCAGUGGGGACCAGUGGAGUGCAGGCAUCAGAAUGGAGAGAUAACAGGCUACUGGGUGAGGUAUGGGGAGGAGGGGAGCAGCGAGGAAGCCAGGAGUGUUCAGAUGGUGUCAGGAGACUCCAGUGGAGGGGUCACCACAGUGUCUGGACUGACUAAAGAGACAGUCUACACACUGCAAGUGGCAGCAGUCACCAGCUCUGGUACUGGAGUCUACAGUUAUACUCUCACAGUUGAAACUCCUGACAGUGAGCUAAGUGUGUGUCCUUUUUUAUGCUCUUAACUUGACACUAGUCAUCGACCAUAGAUGUCUUCCUCAGUCUGAAUGGUAUCAUAAUCCCUAAUAAUAGUUAUGUGGAUAUCAGUGACAUUGGCUCCAGUGAUGGGACUUCUCUACUCUGUAUCACUAACCGUCCUCCACCUGCUGAUAGAACUAGUUCUGGAGGAGACUGAAACAGAGGUCCUAUGGUAGUGAGACUGAAGAGGAACACUGCUACUGAUCCUGCAGCUGAAGGAAUAUAUCACUGUAAGGUAAUGGACAAUACAGAAACUGAGCAGAGAAUUUAUGUUGGACUAUACAAUGGAGGAGGAGACAUUACAAUAUCUGAGGAGCUGACAGUGGAGUCUGACCUCAAUGCAGCCAGUCCUCAGUUCACCCUCACCUGUGUCUCCACUGGUGGACCAGCCACCACUGUUACUUGGACAAGGGACAAUGUCAAUAUCACUGGAGAGCAAAAUGAGACUGUUUUAAAUGACCCAGUGACUGCACAGUACACCCACACUCUAACUAUAGCUGCUGCAAGAGUGUACAUGUGUAUGGUGUCUAAUAACAAGCCAUCUACUGCCUCAGCUAGCAUCACAUUGGAGGAUCCCCCAUCUCCCACUGAUGUGACGGCAGUCCAGGAUGGUCCCACUAGUAUCACAGUGACCUGGACUCCUCCCUCUCCACUGGGAGAUACCACUGGCUACAGGAUCUCCUUCACUGGAAGCAGUGAUGUGGAUAUUGAUGGUGGCUUUACCAACAGCUACACUCUGACUGGUCUCACCAAUGAACAUACAUACACCAUAUCCAUUGUAGCCACAUCUGAACACCUCUUCAGUGAUGCCACCACAUUUGAAAUCGCACUAGUCCCAGCUCCAGGGCAGAUGUUGGUGUCAGUGAGCUCCAUAACAGCCACCUCCAUCUCCCUCUCCUGGAGUGUGUCCAGUGGGAGGGUGGCCAGUUGGGAGGUGGUCUGGAGACCCACGGACAGAGGCACUGAGAGCACCAGUGGUCCUCUGUCUGGCACUACCUACACCAUCCACCAUUUGGACCCCUCCACUAUCUACACACUCACUGUAUCAGCCACUAAUGUAGCUGGAACCACUGACAGCACUCCCAUACUUUUC